AUGUGUGAUGCUUCUGAUUAUGCAAUAGGGGCUGUGUUGGGACAGCGGGUUGACAAGCUUCCUCAUGUCAUAUAUUAUGCAAGUAGAACUCUAAAUGAUGCUCAAAUGUACUACUCAACCACCGAGAAAGAAUUGCUUGCAGUAGUGUUUGCAUUGGAGAAGUUUCGGAGCUAUUUGAUCGGCUCUAAGGUGAUUAUAUUCUCUGAUCAUGCAGCACUCCGGCACUUAUUAACCAAGAAAGACGCAAAGCCACGACUUCUCAGGUGGAUUCUCCUCUUGCAAGAAUUCGAUCUUGACAUCAAAGACAAAAAGGGGAUUAAAAAUGUUGUCGCCGACCACCUUUCGAGAUUGGUUCAAGAAGGUGGAGAUCUCCCUAUCAACGAAUCAUUUCCGGAUGAGCAACUCUUCUCUAUCGAACAACUUCCUUGGUAUGCAGACAUAGUAAAUUACCUUGCCCAAAAGUAUAUUCCAAAAAAUUGGGACAAGCAACAAAGGAAGCGCUUCCUCUCCCAAGUGCGACACUACUAUUGGGAUGAUUCAUAUCUCUUCAAGCAUUGCCCUGAUCAAAUCAUUCGAAGAUGUGUUCCCUAA